AUGGCGGAAGAUGCGGCGGUCGAUUACACGCUGAACAAUCCCGAUACUCUGACGAAGUACAAGACAGCCGCUCAGAUCUCCCUCAAGGUUCUAGAAGCUGUUACUGGAUGGUGCCUCGAGGGAGAAAAGAUUGUCUCCAUAUGCGAACGCGGAGAUAAGUUCCUGGCGGAAGAAGUUGGCAAGGUUUACAAAGGAAAAAAAAUCUCUAAAGGAAUAUCUCAUCCCACGACUGUCUCUCCUAGCUCUUACAUUACUCCAUACACUCCACUUUCUACAGAUGCCGAGGAAGCGCCUACAUCAUUAAAGGCCAACGAGGCGGUCAAGAUUCAAUUGGGAGCCCAAAUAGACGGCCUCGGCACUAUCGUAUGCGACACGAUCAUCAUACCAGGAGAGGCCAAUAAGGAUGACAAACUACUCGGCCGGGAAGCUGAUCUGUUGCUUGCUACACAUUACGCAAAUGAGCUUCUCCUGAGGCUCAUGAUACCUCCCGGCCUCCUAGCUUCUGGGACAGAUGAGGAGAAAAAGAAAGCAGCAUCGAUAAAGCCCAUCACGCAGUCGAAGAUGACACACCUUCUCGAAAAAGUAGUCAAAAGUUACGGCUGCAACCUGGUUGAAGGGACCACGUCCUGGCUGUUCGAGCGAAAUGAAAUUGAGGGCAAAAAGAAGAUUGUCCUUUCUCCCCCAUCAGACGGCGGCAAGGGCGAAGGGGUUCCUGAGAUUGGGGAUGUUUGGGGCGUGGAAAUGGGUGUUAGUCUGGGUACCGGCAAGAUAAAGACGUUGGAAAAUCGCCCUACGCUACACCGGAGAACCACCAUCACUUACCAACUCAAAAGACCGAGUUCUAGGCAAACGCUUUCGGAGAUCGUAAAGAAAUUUGGGACUUUUCCCUUCAGCUUGAGGCAGCUUGAGGAUGAAAGAGCGGCCAAAGUUGGUGUGGUAGAGUGUGUGCGAUCAAAUGUUCUCCGACAGUAUGAGGUUGUAGCAGACAAGGACUCGGCUCCUGUCGCAAGACUUUUGACAACAAUUGCCAUCACGAAGAAUGGGAUCGUCCGUUUGAGCGCACCGCCAGCCCCAAGCUUGGAACAAUACAAGACGGAGAAGAAAAUCACCGAUGAAGAAAUCCUAAAGAUUCUUGAGCAGCCUGUAGCACGGUCGACCGGGGCAAAGGGUAAGAACAAGAAAAAGAAGAAGAAGCCGGCCAAGAAAGCAACAGAGGAGGAAGACGAGGACUCCAGCGAUGAGGAACACCACGCGCAUGACACCGCGAUAUAUCCCCUAAGAUCAGCUGCCUACCUAAUAACACUUGCGGUUGUCGGCAUUCCAUUCUCCGCCAACUCGAUGGCUUCUCAAAUGGCCUCGUCAAGGCACUUGCGGAGGUCUCGAAUGUCAAGCCCAUCGCACUCCUCUACGCAACACAACGUGCAUGUGAAAACUGAAGCCCACGUAGGCGACUUGAGUGGAGACAUGGAAGAAGAAUGGACUGAGCCACCUCUACGAGCACCAGCACCCAGCUUUGAAGACUACAAAGGGCUAGAACGGCAUGGUGUACUGGAGCAUAUGGCCCCUCUAGGAACUUUCCCAGGUCAGAAGGUCAAAACGAGACUGAAGCACCACGAGCCUACGCGGAGAAUAGCACAUCUAAAGAAUGGGGAAGCAAGAGGGGCAAGGGAGGAGGUGAACACUCCAGAACCGGCACCACCAGUUGGAACAAGACGCUCUGAGCCCCGCAAAACCGAAGAAAGGCUCGGGAAGGUCUCAUCAUCUCGAGAAAGAGACCAGGAUAACGACUACAAUCCAAAGGGUAGUGCAAAGACUACGACGAUUAAGGCAGCCUCAACACAAGCAGCACCUCUCGGAACCCCAACCUCACGCACGGGGGUCGGACAAACACGGUUACAGCAAAUAGUUGAGUCGGCUAUCGACCGAUCACGAGAGCUUGGAGACCCUGCGCUCGGUAUCGCUUUGAAGCAGCUGUAUGAGGAAAGCCUGAGGAAUAGUGUGGUAGCCGACCUUCUUGAAGCUGUGCUCUCUCAAAAGCCAACGUCGCAGCAAACUGCUGAAUUUCAGAGCUAUAUCAAAGCCGCGAGGAAGCAGAUUAGAGCUACUGAUGAUCCAGCGAAGCAGUUUAAACAUUCAGCAUCAAAAUCAAUUUCGAGGUCUCCAACUGCCAAGAGUGCCAAAGUGGGUGUCACACGCCACUCUGGUACCACAAAGGACCGAGCCAGUGCGCCUGUACUCAACAAUUAUGCUCCCAUUUCCAACAAUCGAUCUUCGAAACCAAAAAGCACUGAUAUGGAAAUGAAUGGAACCCCCUCCAAAGACGAGCGCCCCUCGAAACGAGUAAAGCGUUCGAAGAGUGCAUCAAGUGACUCGUCUCUCUCGUCAUUGGAUUCCGCUGUCGAAGACUUUGCUCCCGCCAUUGAAUUAUCAAUGCCCAGCGGAGCUAACGCUGUUACUCAUCAAGGACUGAACCAAGCUAAGCAGAAACCCGCGAUGGGGCCAAGAUUAGGAUCGUUCUCUACGCGACCUAUUGAUCCAUCUGUUAGGAAGCCCAUCACCCAACCUAGCCAUCUAACGCCGGAAGAGCUUAGUGCGAAGCGUAAGGAGAAAUUGACGCAGAAUUACCAAGACUACGUUGUUGGACACAGCAAGGUGCGAGCAGAUCCAAACCCAAUAAGACAGCCCCACUCGACUGCUCCUUUAGCCGUGUUGUCGGCGGAAGCACAGCAAGCACGAUUACGAAAUGGUGUCAACCAAAAGAGUAGAAGAGAUGAGCCAGAUUACCUCGACUCCCCAACAUCUUCUUCUUACGGCGAACUUCUCAUUCCGCCGCCGCCAGGUGCUUCCAGAGGAGCCACUCCGAAUCAGUUGGGUCGUCCAUCAAAGGGAGUUAAAAAAGCUGCACGAAUCAAGAUGUCUCCUCUCAAGAAGCGCAACGCUGUUACCGCUGGGAUCGGUCGCGCAGUAGAGUCCGAGAGCAAUGGAAACGCUUUCGGUUAUUAUGGUCGCAAUGAUGAUAGAGAAGAUAAACAGAACUCGGACGUCUGCACAUCCUGUGGUGGCCCCGGUGAGCUGGUCUGCUGUGAAGGAUGUUGGCGCGCCUUCCACCACUCGUGCUGGGACCCCCCUCACGGUAAAGAAAACCUUCCCGAGGGCGACUUCUACUGUUAUAAAUGCCGCGAUCGUCGCAACUUAUCACCGAACGCAACACCGCCCGGAGUCUUGGGCGGACUGUUUGGUGACCUUGUCAAGACAAAUCCCGUGGCUUUCAACCUUGCCAAUCCUGUCAGAGACUACUUUGAAGGGGUCAAAACCGGGGAGGAGGGCGAAUACGAGGAGGCUAGCACCGUCAAAGCAAAUAAAGCACGUGCUGGAUACGAAGAAGUCGCCAACAAUUUCAAGCUUCGAGAUAGCAAAGACAACACGGUCAUUUGUUUUCGUUGUGGCAAGUCUGCCCUAGACCACAAUGAGCUUGUCGCAUGUGACUAUUGCAAUCUAUCCUGGCACCUAGAUUGCAUCGAUCCUCCGCUUGCUGCUCCACCAGUGCGGCGCAACAAUGGUCGACCUCGCUUUACAUGGAUGUGUCCUAAUCACGUCGAAAACGAGCUGUCAGGCCUCGACCCUUCUCUUGUCAAAGGCUCCAAUCAAGUUCAACCAGAUAGCAGCCGCUCGUACAAGAUUCGUCGCCCCAAGAAAGCGAAUGUUGUCACGCCAGCUGUGCGUCGUGGCCUCAAGAACAACGGUCUCAUCGAGAUCGAGCUUGAUGUUAGUGAGGAGGAGACCAGGAUUGAGAAGAACGAGAAGGGAAAGGUGAUUUAUCGUUACCAAGAGAAUGGUAUCAAGCUGGACUUCAUUCACAAGGCGAAGCUAGCCCGCGAACAAGCGGCUCAAGCGAAGCAAACGCUGGCACCGGUUCAAUCUCGCGCACCUACCACUAUCAUAGUCGCCAAACCACAGCAGGCAUCGUUCGAUAAGCGUCCUUUCUCUGAGCGCAAAGCCGCCCUGAACCUUGCUCAACUGGCUCAGUCUGAUGCGACGCUCAAUCCAGACAAGGUCAAGAACCUCAUAGGCACACUCAUUGCUGAGGCACCCAUUGGAGUCGAAACUCUUUACAAUUCUGGAGAUUCUGCCGACGCCGCUCCGAGUGAGCAGGAGAAGAAAGAUUUGCAGGCAUUGAUUGAACUAGCUCGCCGCCGCCUUGAUGGUAGCUCCUGA